CGCAUCAUCCCCGCAUCUGCGUGAUUCUUUUUUCUACACCACCGACACGCCUCUCAUUCUUCGCUUGCGCAGCCAGCCCGCAAGCUUUUCUGUUCUAUCUUCUUUCCCUCCCUCACGCGACACCUCCGCCAACCGCAAAUCCUCCACAAUGGGUGCCAAGGUCCCCAGGAACUUCCGCCUGCUCGAGGAGCUCGAGAAGGGCGAGAAGGGUCUCGGUGCUGAGGCCUGCUCUUACGGUCUUGAGAACGGCGAUGACUUGCUUAUGUCCAACUGGAACGGCACCAUCCUGGGCCCGCCCCACAGCGUACAUGAGAACCGCAUUUACAGCGUCAAGAUUCACUGCGGCCAGCAGUACCCCGACGUGCCUCCCGAGGUCACCUUCGUCUCGAAGAUCAACCUGCCUUGUGUAAACCCGAACAACGGCAUGGUUGACCCCACGAAAUUGCCGUGCCUUACCCAGUGGAAGCGCGAUUUCACGAUGGAGACGAUCCUCAUCGAGCUUAGGAGGUUCAUGGCCCUUCCUCAGCACAAGAAGCUGCCCCAGCCUCCAGAGGGCUCCACUUUCUAAGCUCGCGGAGCCGACGCCAGUAGCCCUGUCUUGAGAUAUUGAGCGAGCUUGGUUUAAGAAUUGAGGGUGGCGGACAUUAUGGAGUCAAAUAUGGUCGGCCGAAAGAGCACCAGACUCCGGUGUAUGCUGUGAAUGCCGGCAAGACGACUAUCAUGAUGCAGCGUGCUUUUCAUUGGCCUUACGAAUGUUUACUCUGCAUGGGAGCGGAGUUUAUGGCUUAGCGAUGAUGGAAUAGAGCAAAUCAAAUGAGCCUUUGCAUCCGCGCCUGGAACUCCG